AUGGACUUGGCAUCGGUGAAAGCUGCUGUCAAAUCGUGGGAGAAGAGAUUCAGGUCGAAAGAAGGAAGAGAUCCUACGAAAGAUGAUAUAAAGAGGGAUUCAGGUGAUAUUGCUUCACAAUAUGCUUUAUAUCGAAAAUUGACUAAGGCCACCACCUCUUCUUCCCAACCAAACUCUCAAAGGACGUCUACGUCAAGCUUGCAACGACCAAUCUCAGACUCAACAACGCUUUAUCCACCUUCUUCAUCUACAGCAGGACCAUCUUCCUCCUCAUCAUCUUCGUUGACUUCUCAAUACAGGACUACACCACGUAAUAUCCCUUCAUCGGACUUUCCAACUACACCGACACCGCCUUCUAGAAGAGCCAAUGGAUCCUAUCUACCUAAAACUAGAACAAAUUCACAAGCAGGUCCUUCGAAGUUCCCAGCAACUGAAUUUGGAGAUGCAGUUGAAAAUGGAGUAGAGGAAAGGCGAAGUGGCGAUAAUAAAUCAUUAAAACGUAAAGCUUCCAGAGCGUUAAUAUCGAACUCAUCUCCACCCCCAGUCGUGCCUGUAGCAUCAUCGUCAAGUUCGCAAACAGUACAAUCGACAUCUCGAACGUUAUUUUCUACACCGAAGAAAAAAGGUUAUUCAGGUCCAAUUCAUGAUCCUAAUCCCAUAAAUCCAUUUAUGACUUCACCUUCGAAAUCACCUUUCUCGAUAACCCUUUCUGCUUCGAACCAAGCUGGUGAUUCAAGUAGGAGUAAGGGGAAAUCGUUUGGCUCACCUUUUAUACAUGCUUCAAGUCCUAAAAAGCUAAAAGAAGUUUUAGAAGCUAAUUCGCUGAAGAAAAUCAAGGAGAGAGAAAAUACUUUACUUAAUGAGAUAACACCUAGAACAAGAGCAAGGAAAAGACUAAGAGGUGAAGCAGUGGAAGAUACUCCCUUGAAAGACAAAUUACCUAGAAGGAAAAGAGGUCAAGGUUCAGGUAAAAGUGAACAACCGGAAGACAACUUUUUGAAGCCCAAUUAUACUAGAUUCGGAUCUGGAAGAAUUUCAGAAGAUGAGAAUGAAGAUGAAGAUGAAGAUGAAGACGGGGGUGAUGAACUAGGUCCUUCACCUAUGAAACCUAUAGGCAGAGGAUUCACAAGUCUGUUUGGAGAGGUAGAGGUCAACGCAGAAGGUAACGAAGAGGAUCGGGAAGAGGAAGAGGAUGAUUCACCAUUCCUAACAGAAAAGAAUGAAUCUGCCCGAUCGAAUAGGACGAAUGGCAAUGGCAACAUUCAUUCGAAGAAGAGUAGUGGCAAAACCAAAGAACCAAAGAGAAGUAAAUCGAACGAUAUCAUGGGGAUGUUCAGUCGAGUUGGGAAAUCUACUUUAAAAAUCAUACCCAAAACAGAUCCGUCGAACCCCAAAGAUCGUAAUAACGAUAAUGGCGAUACAGUCCACAAAGUCGAUGGAAACACGUCAGUCAUCCCAGUAAUACAGAUUCAACCUUCACGCACACCGCUGGUAGAACCUACACCUCCGACAGAUGAGAUCCCAAUCGAUGAGCCAAUCCCAGCUUCUCCAACACUACCAACAGAUGAAUUCCCAGAUGAAACAUGGACAAGGACGCCGUCGAGGUCGCAGAGAAGGGAAAAAGUAUUAUCGUUGAGUGAUGACGAAGUGGACGAAUGGGAUCCUGAAGGUGGUCCUGUCAAAAGAGAGAUAAAGAUUGUACCUACGAGAAGAGAGGUAAAAAGACGUAAUAGUGAUAGUUCUGAUUAUGGAGUCACAUUAUCGAAUCACUACAACGAUGAUGUCAACGAGGGACAAGAUCAAAAUCUGAAUGGGCGUGAACUUGAAGACGAGGUUGACGUGGACGAGGAAGAAGAAGAUGAAGAAGCAGACGAAGGGGAAGUAGCAGCGGGAGAAGGGAUGAACCAUAAUCAAAAUCAAAAUCUGAAAAUGUUAACACUACUUUCAAUACAUUCACCAUCAUCAUUCAAUUCCAAUUCAAGAUCAAAAUCAAAAUCCAAAGCACAAAUACAUCAAGCUAAAUUAGAUGAAUUAAAAGUAAAAGCUAUUUUCAAUGAAUUAGAUGCUACCAAAUUAAAAGCUUUUAAACGAGGUCAAGAAAUUUCAUUUACGGGUGAAUCAAGAGAAAAUGAUGAUGAAGCCAAUUCAAACGAAGAUAUUUUAGAUAAAUAUGAUUUUGAUUUGAUUGACAAUGCCAUUGACAAUGAAAACGAUAAUCAGUUUGGUGAGGGUCUGCAAGGAACAAACGAUGUUGAAGAUGAUGAUUGGGAAAGUGAAAGCGAUGGUUGGAAAAGAGAACAAAUCGAAGAAGAUUGGUAA